GAUGGAACUAUUCUCAACUAGUCUCAAGGUCCUUGCCAUUCAUCAUGACACUAUUGUUCUUAAUGAAAUUCAAGAAAUGUGUGAUAGAUAUCAUUAUGUAGUAACCAAAUGUACUUCAGCUUCUUAUGCUUUUCAUCUUCUCGUGGAAAGGUGUGGUUAUUUUGAUAUGAUGCUGAUUGAUGUUUGUAUGGCAAACAUGGAUUCUUAUAGCUUUGUUCAAUAUGUAACCCUACAACACAAAAUCCCUGUCAUUGUGAUUUCUUCUGAUGCGACAAAAAGUUCUGUCCUAAAGUCUAUAAUUCAUGGCGCCUGUGAUUAUUGGGUUCAACCUUUGCAUGAAAAGCAAUUCAAGACUAUGUGGCAACACGUUGCCAGAAAAACUUUGAUGGAGAAUAAAGAAGAUGAGGAUCUUGGAUUCUUGAAUGUGCAAUUCCAUAAAGAACCUGAACUUGUUGAAAUCUCGGAGACUGAUAGUCAUAAAGAACAUCACGAUCUUGGAUUCUUGAAGGUUCGAAGUGCUAAAGAACCUGAACUUGUUGAAAUCUUGGAGACGGAAAGUCAUAAAGAAGAUGAAGUUCUUGGAUUCUUGGAACCACAUAGCCAUCAAGAACAUGAAGUUUUUGGAAUCAUGGAGGGUCCUCGGCAUGAAAGAAAACGGGAGAGAGAAGAUGAUAAAGCUGGAAAAGAAAGAGGUGCAAAAAAGAGUCGGCUAUCAUGGACGCCGGAACUGCAUCAACAGUUUGUAAAUGCUGUGAACCAACUUGGCGUAGAUGGUAUGAAUCUUUCAUGGUUAUUAUAUUUUCUUUGUUUGUAUUCUUUAACAAGUCAAGUUAUGUGCAUUGUUGUUUAUUUUCAGAGGCAAAACCUAGAAAGAUUCUGA